CAAGGGCAUUUUCUAUUACACAUGUAUAGAUAAAAAGACUAAUAAUGGAGUGCCAAAGAAAACGAAAUACUAGUACUACGUAAUACAUCUUCUUCUCCAUGAGACUCGAUUCCAGAAACUAUGGCAGCAAACAUCACUGAAUCUGAAUCUUCGAUGAAUAUGUUCCUGCAAGAAAGCAGAGAAAGAUUGAUAUCCAAAAACGGGUAUUCUUCAGAAUUGGGAUUCGGGGUCCGGCACCAAUCCCCAGAUCAAGGUUGUCUCUACGGAUUUCGGGACAGGAUUUCUCAGUUCUUCGGAGAUGUUAAGGGAGCAUGGAUGAAGGCCUGUGAAAUGGGCCGGAAAGAUCCGCGCAAGGUCAUAUUUGCAGCUAAGGUGGGAUUAGCCCUCUCCUUCGUUUCUCUCCUCGUAUUCUUUAAGGAACCUCUCAGCUACAUUGGCAAUCACUAUGUUUGGGCUAUCCUCACAGUUGUUGUCGUCUUCGAAUUCAGCAUAGGGGCAACCCUUAGUAAAGGAUUUAAUAGGGCAAUUGGGACUUUAUCUGCUGGAGGUCUGUCUUUGGGAAUUGCCGAACUGUCUCUCAUGGCAGGCAAAUGGAAAGAAGAAGUAAUUGUUGUCAGCAUCUUUAUUGCAGGUUUUGUAGCAAGUUACUUGAAACUGCAUCCUAGUAUGAAGCAAUAUGAAUAUGGAUUCCGGGUGUUCUUGUUGACAUACUGUAUAGUCUUAUUAUCUGAAUCUUCAAAAUUGAUAGAAACUGCUUUCUCCCGGCUAUUGCUGAUUGGGGUUGGCGCGGUUGUAUGCUUGCUUGUAAAUAUAUGUGUCUACCCCAUUUGGGCUGGUGAAGAUUUGCACAAACUGGUGGUAAAGAAUUUUAAUGGUGUUGCAGAUUCUUUUGAAGGUUGCGUGAAUGGUUAUCUGCAAUCUGUUGAAUAUGAGAGGGUACCUUCAAAAAUUCUACUUUAUCAGGCAUGGGAUGACCCUGUGUACAGUGGGUAUAGAUGUGCCUUAGAGUCCACAAGCCAAGAGGAUUCUCUGUUGAGUUUUGCCGUAUGGGAACCACCCCAUGGUCGUUACAAAAUGCUAAAGUAUCCAUGGAAUGAGUAUGUCAAACUUAGUGGUGCAUUGAGGCAUUGUGCCUUCAUGGUCAUGGCUAUGCACAGUUGUAUUCUUUCCGAGAUACAGGCAGCACCCGAUUUAAGGCAUGUCUUCGGGAAGGAGAUAAAAAGAGUUGGGAUAGCGGGAGCUAAGUUGAUAAGGCACCUUGGAGAAAAGGUCAAGCAAAUGGAGAAACUAAGCCGUCAUGCGGAAGAUGUUCUUGAAGAAGUCCAUGAAGCGGCAGAGGAGUUGCAGAUAUUGAUUGAUCAAAAGUCAUACUUAUUGGUCAAUGCCGAGAACUGGGAGAGUGGGAAACGCCCAAAGAACUUAGAAGACCCCGAAGACCUUCAAGACCUCAAGGACAGCCAACAGCAUAGACCAAUGCUGAUAAAUUCCCUUAGUGAAGCAACUCUCAAUAUGAGAUCCAUGCAGACCUUGAAGCACAUGGACACUCAAUUGGAAUCAUCUAACGAUGUGUUUAAGCAACAGGUGAAUUGGCCCUCACGCCUUUCGGUUCUAGGAGAUACGAUCCUAAAUGAGCGUGAAGUCCGGACAUAUGAAAGUGCAAGUCCAUUGUCAUUAGCAACAUUUACUUCCUUGUUGGUUGAGUUUGUUGCACGGCUUCAUAAUCUCGUGAAUGCUUUUGAGGUUUUAAGCAACAAAGCUAAGUUUAAGGAGCUGGCAGAUGAGGAGUUGUGAAUCCCAAGUGUGUGAAAUUCCUGCAAUUCAGUUUUUUGGCAUUAUGAUUUUUUUUUCAUAGAAGAAGAAAUGAAAAAGAAAAUACUUUCUUGUUUUGGAUUGAACAAAAAUAACAAAAGAAGCGAAAAUGAAUUUCUGUUUUUUUUUUUCAAUUAUUGAUUUUGGACGGAACUACUUCAACCUAAAAAAUU